CCUUCCUGCCAACCUGCCCACCCCAGCCGUACUUCCACCUCCCAGCUCUCUCCCCUCACUAUCAGACCUCUCCCGUCCCCUCUUGAUGUGUUCUCUCCCCUCUUUCUGUUUUUCACUUUUCUGUUUUGUUUUCUGGCUCAGAGGACCACCACCUGAGCCUACAGGCUGAAGCUGACAUGGCCCCAGAGAAGGACAGUAAUGGUCUUGACAACUAUGCAUUUGCACUUGAAGGGCGCUUUUGUGAUCUACCUGACACAAAACAUGGAGGAGAAAUGGACACGUCCACAGAGGGAGACAGCAACAAGCUAGCAUAUUGUGUGACAGACGUGCCUCCCUGGUACCUGUGCAUCAUUCUCGGCAUCCAGCACUGUUUGACUGCAUUCGGAGGAAUCAUCGCCAUCCCGUUAAUAUUGUCUCAGGGGUUGUGUCUGCAGUUUGAUGGCCUCACACAAAGUCACCUUAUCAGCACCAUCUUCUUUGUCUCUGGCAUUUGCACUCUUUUGCAAGUUACCUUUGGCAUUAGACUGCCCAUUCUUCAAGGUGGUACAUUCACAUUGCUGGCACCUUCCAUGGCAAUGCUGUCCAUGCCCGAGUGGACGUGUCCUGCUUGGACCCAAAACGCCAGCCUAGUCAACACCUCCUCCUCAGACUUCAUAGAAGUGUGGCAAAGUCGAAUAAGAGCACUGCAGGGGUCCAUUAUGGUGGGCUCACUCUUCCAGGUGUUUGUUGGUUUCUCCGGCCUCAUUGGCCUCUUCAUGCGCUUCAUUGGACCACUCACGAUUGCUCCCACGAUCUCUCUCAUUGGACUGUCCCUGUAUGACUCAGCUGGGACCAGUGCUGGCAAUCACUGGGGCAUCUCUACCAUGACCACAGCACUGAUCAUCUUGUUCUCACAGUACCUCCGUCACAUACCUGUGCCCUUUCCUACAUACAGCAAGGAGAAAAAACUGCACGCCUCUCGUGUCUACGUCUUUCAGAUUCUCCCUGUUCUGCUUGGAAUCACUUUGUCUUGGCUCAUCUGCCACAUUUUGACAAUAUACGAUGUACUUCCUGUUGAACCGGACAGGUAUGGCUACCUGGCCCGCACUGAUCUAAAGGGAGAUGUCAUGGGCCAAGCUGCUUGGUUCAGUUUUCCGUACCCAGGUCAGUGGGGGAUGCCGACUGUGAGCCUGGCAGGGGUGGUUGGCAUCUUGGCUGGUGUCAUUUCCUCCAUGAUAGAGUCUGUAGGGGACUACCACGCGUGUGCCAGGCUGUCUGGGGCUCCACCUCCCCCAAAACAUGCUAUCAACCGGGGGAUUGGCAUUGAGGGACUGGGCUGUUUGCUGGCUGGAGCCUGGGGUACAGGAAACGGUACCACCUCAUACAGCGAGAAUGUUGGCGCCCUUGGUAUCACAAAGGUUGGCAGUCGUAUGGUGAUAGUAGCCAGUGGAGUCUUGAUGAUCAUCAUGGGUGUGUUUGGAAAAGUGGGCGCCAUAUUCACCACUAUCCCAUCACCUGUGAUAGGAGGGAUGUUCAUGGUUAUGUUUGGUGUCAUCUCUGCAGCAGGAGUUUCUAAUCUGCAGUAUGCAGAUAUGAAUUCUUCUCGAAACAUCUUCAUUUUUGGCUUCUCCAUGUUCUCUGGUCUGGUCAUUCCUAACUGGAUAUUUAAGAACCCCAAAGCCGUUGCUACAGGUGUGGCUGAACUCGACCAGGUGCUGCAGGUACUUCUGACAACCAGUAUGUUUGUAGGAGGUUUCUUUGGCUUCAUACUGGACAACACAAUCCCAGGAUCAAAGCAUGAACGAGGCAUCCUAUCUUGGAACAAGGCUCACGAGGAUGACUCCAGCAACACACUGGAGAGUGGAAAAGUCUACAACCUUCCUUUUGGCAUCAGCUCUUACUUGUCCUCUUCCUCCUGGCUGCGGUACAUACCUUUCUGCCCUCCCGGUAAGAUAAGCUCCCUGGAUGGAUCCGGAGCAGAUACCAAUUCUCCGGAGGUGAAGCAGUCACUUGGACAUCCAGAACCCUCACAGAUCAUUAUUGGAGUUGCUCUGUGAGCAGUGCACUGACUUUAACAUGCAGUUUU